UCACCUAUAAAAGAUAAUACAAAUACAAAGUAACUACAAAUCUGAGUAAAAGAAAUAACUCAAGAAAAAUUAAAAGCAAAAUUAGUGUACUCUCUUCUCUAUACAAAUUAAAAUUAAGCUCUUUGGAGUGAUUUAUUUAUUUUUUUGAUUUCAAGUUGGGUGCUGAAGUUCUGAAUAUAAUCAAAAAUGGAGACUCAACGCUUCUGUCCCAGUAAUCAUAUUAUGCUCCUAAAAGAUGAUAAGAAGAGCAGUAAUAAUGUUUGUGAAAUGUGUGUGGUGUCUUUUAGUGAAGCUGAUGAUCCUUAUUAUUAUGUUUGUGAUUCGUGUGACUAUUACGUCCACAAAUCAUGUGAAAAGCUACCAAAGCAAAUCAAUUACCAUUUUCAUCCUCAGCACCACCUCUUUCUUAAACCACGUUUCAAAUCAUUCUGCCAUUCAUGUGGCCAGUUGCCCAAAAAGUAUCUCAUGUUUAGUUGUGAUGAAUGUGAUUUUUAUAUGGAUGUUGAAUGCACCCAAAUGUCAACAAAUUCCAUAUCAACAUGUCCUAAUGAAGGCCAACAUUGCAUUCAACAUUCUACCCAUCCUCACUUGCUACUGCUUUUUGACACAUCAACAAAUGAUAUGAAUGUUAGUUGCUUUGCAUGUCAAUCAUCAGAUGAUAUUGGAGUUUAUUAUGGGUGCAUUGUGUGUAAGUAUUUUCUUCAUAAACAAUGCAUUGACCAAUCACCUCAACAAAUCCAAUUCUCCCACCAUCCAAAUAAUCACACUCAUCUCUCCCUACAUAUGAAAUGGCACAAUAGUAAAUGCAAUGUUUGUGGAUACUCCAAACCAGCCUUAUAUUAUGAUUGUCCUCACAAUUGUAAUUUUCAAUUGUGUUUUAAAUGUGGUUUGAGAAGACAAAGAACCAUUAGUUAUGAAUAUCAUCCACACAUUCUUUGCUUUCUAGAUAAAAUACACACUACAUAUGAUCAAUGCAAUGUCUAUGACAAUUGCUUGAAGCAAUUAGUCAUGAAGUCUGAUUCCAAUGAAUUUCAUAAAACUGAUUCCUCAAUAUUUGGUUGUUUGGACUGUGAUUUUAAACUCCAUUUACUAUGUGGUCCAUUGCCUUCAAUCAUAAAGCACGAGAGUCAUAUGCAUAGUCUAAAUCUUGUUGAUUCAUGCAUCGAUGAUACUUUUGGUGACUACUACUGUGACAUUUGUGAAGAAGAAAGAAAUCCACGACUUCGCGUUUACUAUUGUGCCAAGUGCAAAUAUGUGGCUCACGUACAUUGUGUAAUAUCUGAGGUGAUCAAUGUAUUAAAAGGUGAUAUUAGAGAUGUGAAGCUUAAAGUUUUAGGAGAAGAUGUUUGGGAAUUCCCUAAUAAAGAGAUUAAUUAUCCAACUCUACAACUACACCCCACAUCAUCUCUAAACACCUUAGAAGACUUAAUCCAUAAAUUAACUCGUCGUGACCUAGACAGGUUGAAGGAUCAUUUUUACUGGGAUGAAGAGAGAAACAAGACUGUUGAAGUUGAGUCACAAGAAGAUGAGGUUCUAAAACUUUCUAGUUUUACAGAAUCUGAUUUCAUGCAUUAUAUCUUCAAAGAGUCUCAAUUCAUCUAUUUCAAAAAGAAGUUGGGAAUAAAAAUGAGUGAUCUAGCAUUGAAGAUUGUUGGCAUAAAAGGUUAUUUCAUACCUUUUAAUUUGGCCUCUGUUAUGAAAUACUUGCUUCACAAAUACGAAGACAUUAGUAACAAGUAUUAUUCCAAAGAGUUCAAUAGCAUUGGGUAUUACUUUGUAUGUAAAGUAAUGAAAGAGAUGCAUACUACUUUGGUCGCUGACAUCACUAAAAAUCUUCUUCAACAAUGGUAUCACUAUUUAUUGUUUGCAAGUAAUGAUGCUCGUUUUGAGGUGGAUUUUUUGUGGCAAUUUCUAUGGAAGAUCACACGAGAAUUCUAUUAUCAACAGCUACGAAAAUUAGUUGAGAUUGAGUUCCCAAUGAAAAUAGAAAAGAAGAUACUUGAGCUGCAGAAGAAGAUUGAUGAGUACCAUGCUGGUCUUGACAAAUGCAAGAAACUUCGGGAGUCUUUGAAUUCUACAGAGGAAUCUAUGGUGAAGCAGGGCUUGGAGAAGGCAUUGGAACACAAGUGGAAGCUAGCUACCCAAUUUUAAUCUAAAUUUGAUUAAAAUGAUGAUGAGAACAAUUGUUGUUGAGCUCUAUAAAAGUUUGUAUUUUUUUAUUAUUUAUUUUGUUGAAAUAAGUGCUAUACAUAUGAGUAUAAUAUAGGCUUAC